GUUGUGAGGAACUGAAACCAGUUGUCUCCAUGUGGUAACCACCAAAUGACGUAAUGGAGGAGGGGCAGGAGGAAGGAUAAAAGGAGCUUUUAAAGUUGGGAGGAUAUCAGCUUCGUGCUCCAGCAAGCCCUGUCAUCAUGGUGUUUGCAGUUCUGCUCCUGCUUCUGGUGGCCUCGGACCUUCAUGGCUACAGCAUCGACAACCCUCUCACCUACGAGCGCAAAGACUUUGUGACGGGCAAACCGGUGAAAUGCAGCGGCUGCCAGCCGGGGUUCUACCUGCGCGCGCACUGCACGACGACGCAGGCGAGUCAGUGCGCGCCGUGUCCGACCGGCACGUUCACGGAGCUGUGGAACUACAUCGGGAAGUGUCUGCGCUGCGGGGUGUGCGGGAUCAACCAGGUGAUGACGAAGCAAUGCACGGCGUUCAGCAACUGCCAGUGCGAGUGCAAGGGGGGGUUCUUCUUCAACCCGGUGUACAACAUGUGCACGCGCCACAUCGAGUGCCCGUCCGGACAAGGAGUCCUCACUGAAGGUACAGCUAACAAGAACACAGUCUGUCAGACGUGUCCUGAUGGGACCUUCUCCAACAUCUCCUCUGCUCAGCGAAACUGCACAAAGCACAGGAGUUGUAGUGAUGCGGGCCUGAAGACCGUGCUGAGGGGCUCCAGCUGGCAUGACAGCGUCUGUGGAAACUGUGACGAGCUCAAAGAUGGAGCCGACUACCUUAAAGAAAUCCUCCCAGAUUUCUUUAUUCACCAUAAAAUGAACAUUAAAAGAAAGCGCCGAGUUGUGCAUAAGCUCCUGUCUGAGAGCGGCGAAAAGAACACCGGAACGUCGCAGAUGGAUGUCUCCCAACUCCAGAGAAAGAUAGAAGAAUGGGCUCCUUCUUCCACACCAAACCAAGUUCACAAGCUAAUAGAAAUUUUAUCUAAAGUUGGAGCGGAUAGUAAUGCUGAAAAACUAAAGAGCAAGCUGAACAGGAUCAACAGAUUUCUGACAGAAGACUGCUCAGUGACAAUGGAAUGAGGAGAGUCUGUAAACUAAUAUCCACAGUUUUUUGCAAUGCAAAGUCAUCACAGACUGAUACUUUUAAACAUAAGUUAAAGGGUCACCCCAAAACCCCAGAUCCAGGGGUAAACCAAAACUUUAUUGACAAAAGAGUUCCUCACACACAGUAGGA